AUGAUUCCGGCUAUACUGUUGAUGCUGCAUUCAUGCAUUUCAAAGAUAGUUGUUGUCGAUGACAUUGGUCUUGCUAACAAGAAAGCACGUGAUCCAGAGAUUGUAAAAAGGGCGAUCGAUGCUUUGCAAUCCACUGCAAAAAACAAUGAAGGCACUGUUAUAGUUGCAAACAUUAAUGGCACAAGGAAGUCGAUUGAUGGCAUCGAUGAAAGAUUCAAUAUCAAGCGUCAUAAUAAUUUCAGUGACAGUUCAAACGAUACAAAUGAAGGCAUAAAUGUUAAUUGGGAGUCUGAGGCAAGAUUUUCGCCGGUUACUACUAAAAUGUUGAGUGGAGGCUCAGGAAAUGCAAAUGUCAAUCAUGCAAAUGUAUACAGUGUUCAAAAACAUAUGAACAAUUCAUUUAAUAACGCAAGCCAGUUUGAAAACGAUUUUUCAUCAGGUAUGGAUUUUUCGAGACUGGGCUCACGUUCAAAAGCAUAUGAAUAUUCAAAUGCAUUUUCUACUGAUUCCAAACAUUCUACUGGAGAACCAUAUCUUCCACUGUCGUUUCGCAGCAGUAAGAUUAAUAUGCUUGACGAUUAUCUUGAUGAUAGACUAGAUGAGGGACCAGAAACAUCUAUGGUCAGAAGGAUGCUUGAUGAAGAACCUAGGUCAAGAAAGUCUGUAAUAAGCUUGAAAAUGGCACAAAGUAAGCAGAAGGAGAAUAUGCUGCAAAGCAGUAUAGACAAGAUCUCGCAGGAAAUAGACCAAGUAUCUGAAAAGAUCCAAGAUGUUCAGAAGUCAAAAGACAUAAUGACAGCAAAGCUUCAUACCAAACGUAAUCACCUGAGGAAUCUGCAAAUAAAUAAGAAGGAGGUCGACAUCCAGCGUGGAAGAACACUUGCAUUGAUUAGAAUCUCAAGAAAUGAACUUCUUAAACUUUCAAAGAUGAUUGAUGAUCAAAAAUCAAAGCUGGCUCUUCUUGAGGACGAAGAAAAAAUAUUCACUGACAGAAUAAGGAAGUACGAUGAAGAACAUGACGUGGGAGUCAGAGAGCUUCAACUGGAAGAAUCAAGAUCAGAAGAAAUCAAGAGAAGUAUCGAAGAGCUCGAGAAAAUAUACAACAUGUUGAAAGUAAAAAGCAACGAGCUGCUCAAUCAAAGAAAUAGAGAAAGCAGUAUAAGAAAUAAGCUGGAAUUAGAAGUAGAACGACUAGAUAGGAAUUCCAUAGAUUUUAUUUAA